GCGCUCUGAGGUUGUCUUGUACAUGUAGCGCGGCAAUGCAAAACAUGAAGAUACCGAGAUGUAUGGUGGUUUUUAAAUGAUAAGUUUUCCCUUAGAGAUUCUUAUAUCCCCGUAGAUUCAUACGCUAAAUGAUGACUGAACAUACCGUUGUUAAAAGUAGCUAAAUAUAAAGUCCUCAGCUGUAGCAAUAGCCUCCAUCAACAUCACUAUGGCACACUGGAGCACAUUUGAGAAAGAGACAGAGAAGGAAACUAAGAGGCUGAUUUCGCAUAUGACUGGGAUAGAAGAUGAAGACGACGAGAAUUUUCAACGUGCCCUUAAAUUCGCAUGGUCCAAUUUCAAGUUCCAUCGCUUUCUGGACGUGGACACCCAUAAAGUGCAGCGUAGCAUUAAUGGCAUCCACGAAAAGCUCAUGGUUCACUCUGAUGUAAGUAAAGCCCAAAGUUGGAUGAAACUGACAGAGGAGUUCCUAAAUUCUCCAUUACCCAAUACAGAUGAAACCAAGACUGAUGUACAUUUUAGUAUUUUGUCUCUGCUGCUCUUCCUGUCUGGGUCGCCUUCAAACACCAACUUUACUGAGAGACCUAGGCUAAAAGAAGCAGACCAAAAGGACAGUUUUGAUUGGGGUAAAUAUUUGAUGGAGGGUGAAGACAUAGACAUUGGACCUUAUCCAGACACACCAGAAUGGUCUGAGGAGGAAAGUGAAGAGGAUGAGAGCCAACAAGUAAUUAGCAGAGAGGAUUCUGGGAUACAGCUGGACAGGACGCCCCAAGAAGAUCAAGACAAUGCAAAUGAAAAGCCAGUGCCAGUUGCCUGGACAGUGGGAGAACCUGAUGCUCGGGCCUGGCUUGAGCAGCAUGUUGUGACACCAUAUUGGGUGCCAAAUGCUUCCCGCUUUCCACACAGCCUGCACCUACACUCCAACCUACUAAAUUUUUGGGACCAGCACUUGUACAACACAGACCCUUUGUAUAUCGUGGAAGAAAAGGCUUUUGUCACUGAGACUCAAGUAAUUCGGGAGACAUUAUGGCUGUUAUCUGGAGUCAAGAAACAGUUUAUUUUUCAAACCCAUGAUGGAAAAGUGACUGUUCGCAAUAAUGUUGUGGUAACUCAUCUGACUGGUAACUGCCUGCGAUCUAUACUUGAACACAUUGCUGUCUACGGUCAGGCAGUGUCCAGGCUGCAGAAGUUUAUAGAUGAAGUGACAGGGUACAGCACAGAUCCAGGGCCCCCAGGAACUACCUCCAAAAAGGGCUCAGAGCCUCCGUUCAGGACGUACCAGGCCUUUGUGUGGGCUCUCAACAAAUACUUCACCAUCUUCAAAGAGGAACUCACUACCAUAGAGAAAGAAAUUGUAUGUAACGAUGAAACUAUCACCCUCUCUGGUGUCUUGGAGCGCAUCAGCCCUCACUUGGUCCAGAUAAAAGUAUUACAUAAGGUGUUCUGCACAGGUGUGGCAGAGGUGCCUCCUCACACCCCUAAUGUGGUCAGGGCAUCCCAUCUGCUCAACACUUUGUACAAGGCCAUCCUGGAGUAUGACAGCGUCGGAGAAGCAUCGGAACAAGCUGUAGCGCUUCUCUUCUCUCUUUGGACAGAGACAGUUCGACCAUAUUUGGAGAUAGUGGAUGAGUGGAUAGUGCAUGGACACCUGUUUGACCCAGCCAAAGAGUUCAUAAUUCAGAGGAACAAGGAUGUCCCGGUGAACCACAGAGAUUUCUGGUAUGCUACUUACACUCUGUACAGUGUCUCUGAGACCGUGGAGAGUGAGGAGAAGCAGAACGACUCAGCCAGUGGCAGCUCUGGAGGUGAACAGGGUCCUGGCAACAGGCACCUCACCAUGGUGUCCUUCCUCAAACCAGUGCUGAAGCAGAUCAUUAUGGCCGGGAAGUCCAUGCAGCUGCUGAAGAACCUAGAUGGCAAGGACUCGAAGCAGUCAGAGAGGUCAUCCAGAGAUGCAGAGAGGAAGAGCUUAUACACUCUGUUUUUGGAGUCUGUGCAGUCACGCCUCUGCAGCCAGGAGCAAACCCCCACAGACACAGUGACAGAGCAGCAGGCCACCAACAGAAGCCUGGUCAAAAUGCAGUCUAUUGUAGCUCAACAUCUGGAGAUCGAUGAUGUUCAUGACCCACUGCUCGCCAUCAACUUUGCCAGGCUGUACCUGGAGCAGAGUGACUUUCAUGAGCGUUUCUCUGGAGGGGAUUUUAACGUAGACCGUUCAUCUCAGUCGGUCACCUGUCAGACGUUUGAGCUGACACUGCGCUCCUGUCUGUAUCCACACAUUCAAAGGAGGUACAUUGAGUGCUGUGGGAAUCUCAUGAAGACCCUGAAGAAAGACUACAGCCUCCUGGAGUACCUCCAGGCCAUGAGGAACUACUUCCUUCUAGAAGCAGGAGACACGAUGUAUGAUUUUUAUACAGCAAUAUUUGACAAAGUGCAGGAGAAAGAGAGCUGGCAGCAGCCCUCUUUCCUCAAUGUGCAGCUGCAAGAAGCAGUGGGACAGCGCUACCCUGAGGACAGCAGCAGGCUGUCUGUAUUUUUGGAGCCUAUUGAUCCUGCCAGGAAGAAACACCCAGUGAAUAAUCUAGAAGUCCUCACACUAAGCUACAAAGUUCCAUGGCCUGUUGACAUUGUAAUCAGCUCAGAGUGUCAGAAGAUCUAUAAUCAAGUGUUUCUGCUGCUUCUACAAAUCAAAUGGGCCAAAUACAGCUUAGACACAGUCAGAUUUAGUGAUUUCACAGAAGUUGUUAAAAAAGUGGACGGAGCCAUGCCUGAGGAGGUAAAGCUCAAAGAACCAGUAAAUCAGCAGAUCCAUCGAAUGUGUCUUCUCCGAGUCAAACUCAUGCACUUUGUCAAUAGCCUCCACAACUACAUCAUGACCAGGAUUCUACACAGCACUGGGUUGGAGUUUCAACAUCAAGUUCAAGAAGCAAAAGACCUUGACCAGCUCAUUAAGAUCCAUUAUAAAUAUUUAGCAACAAUUCAUGACCGCUGUCUCCUCAGAGAGAAGGUUAGUUUUGUAAAAGAAGCUAUAAUGAAGGUCCUCAAUCUUGUCCUCAUCUUUUCUGACCGAUGGCAAGCUGGCAUUGGAGCUUGGAAGAUUGAGUCUAUAGACAAGAUGGAGUCUGACUUCAAAAAUUGUCACAUGUUCCUGGUGACGAUCUUGAACAAAGCUGUGUGUCGUGGCUCUUUCCCUCAUUUGGAGUCCUUGGCCCUUUCUCUGAUGGCUGGAUUUGAGCAAUGCUGAUCACUGAGUGGAGUACAGUCUGUGUCCCUGUCUCCUCCUGCAGCUGUGAUUGUCCAUGAUGUAACAUGAAGUCAUUGUUUGCAUGUGAAACAUUCAUCUGUUAAGUCAUAGCUUUGCAGAGCUAUGUGUCUGUAUAGAUUGCAGGCUUGUAAGAUACAGUUGCUAAUGACAUAAAAUCCUCAUUCAAUGUGUCAUACUGCUGGUGUGUCAUUGAGUAAGACAGUUCAGCCUACUUGCCUGUAAGAAUGUUGAAGACCAUUUGCAUAGAAUGGCAGCUGUGGCUAUAAGGUGUGAAUGAGGUGUAAAUUUGUCAAAAUGUAAAAUGAAUGUGUAUAUUGUGGGUUUUAUAUGUGUAUUUUCCAUAAAGUCCUCACAGCAUAUUAACUGAUAACUUGUAUUAGGUUUUACAUUGGAUGCAUUUCUGGGACAAUCCUCCAUUUAUGCUGUAAAUGUGGAGUACAGUGGCUUUAUUGUUUAUAGAUUCAAAUAUGAAGCACAAUAAAUAUUGCGUACAUUA